UGUGUCUGGCUGUGUGCCCCGGCCCCGGCCCCGAUGAGGUGCACGAAGAAGUCCGCAGCCUCUGCCUCUUCCCUGCCGAGGUGGUUGCUGCUGGUCACCGUGUCCUGCCUGUGGCUCGGGACGGCGGCGACGGCCCCAACCGAGGCGAUGGGGGCCGAGGAGAAACGCAAACUCAGGGAUCAAGUGCUUGAGAUGUUUGAUCACGCUUAUAAGAGUUACAUGGAACACGCUUACCCAGCUGAUGAACUCAUGCCUUUGACGUGUCGCGGGCGUGUGCGAGGACUGGAACCGAGUCGUGGGGAUGUGGACGAUGCGCUUGGCAAAUUUUCUUUGACUUUAGUUGAUACCCUGGACACUCUUGUGCUGCUGAAUCAAAUGGAAGAAUUUGAAGAUGCUGUGAGAAGGGUUGUACAGGACGUUCAUUUAGAUAAUGAUAUUGUAGUCUCAGUCUUUGAGACCAAUAUUAGGGUACUUGGGGGUUUGUUGGGAGGCCACGCAAUGGCUAUUAUACUGAGAGAUCAAGGUGAAUGGAUGCAGUGGUACAAUGAUGAGCUUCUGAACAUGGCCAAGGAGCUGGGCUACAGAUUACUGCCAGCGUUCAACACCACCAGUGGACUCCCCUACCCUAGAAUUAAUCUGAAAUAUGGGUUGAGGCGACCUGAAGCCAGAACAGGCACAGAGACAGAGACCUGCACUGCCUGUGCAGGGACCCUGAUCCUGGAGUUUGCGGCUCUGAGCAGAUUUUCUGGAGAACCGGUUUUUGAGCAACAUGCUCGGAAAGCACUCGACUUUCUGUGGGAAAAGAGGCAGAGGAACAGCAAUCUGGUGGGAACAACCAUUAAUAUCCACACAGGAGACUGGGUCCGGAAGGAUAGCGGAGUUGGAGCUGGAAUAGACUCUUAUUAUGAAUACCUCUUCAAAGCAUAUAUUCUGCUGGGGGAUGAUGGCUUUUUACAAAGGUUCAACACUCACUAUGCUGCCAUCAUGAAGUACAUCAGUCAGCCACCCCUCUUGUUGGAUGUUCACAUCCAUAAACCAAUGCUGAACGCCCGAACGUGGAUGGAUGCCUUGCUAGCAUUUUUCCCAGGCCUGCAGGUGCUGAAAGGAGAUAUCCGACCAGCCAUAGAGACGCACGAGAUGCUCUACCAAGUUACUAAGAAACACAAUUUCUUGCCAGAGGCUUUCACCACAGAUUUCAGAGUUCACUGGGCUCAGCAUCCGCUGAGGCCUGAAUUUGCAGAAAGCACUUACUUCCUAUAUAAGGCUACAGGUGACAAGUAUUACUUGGAGGUGGGAAAGACGAUCAUAGAAAACCUGAAUAAGUACGCUCGUGUACCAUGCGGCUUUGCAGCAAUGAAGGACGUUCGAACAGGCAGCCACGAAGACAGGAUGGAUUCCUUUUUCUUAGCCGAGAUGUUUAAAUACCUGUAUCUUCUCUUUGCGGAAAAAGAAGAUGUCCUUUUUGAUAUUGAGGACUAUAUCUUUACCACCGAAGCCCAUCUAUUACCUCUUUGGCUCUCCACUAACUACACCAGGAACAGAAAAAAUGAGAGUGCGGAUUACACAGAUUUGGACGACAGCAACUUUGACUGGUCUUGUCCUAACACCCAGAUUCUAUUUCCAAACGAUCCUUCUUAUGCUCGGAGUAUCCGCGAACCUUUUAAAAAUGUAGUGGAUAAGACUUGUCCAAAGACGAGCAUCAGACAGGAUAUGAACGCUGGUGGUCCUGGGAGCAGACAACACCUGCGAGCCCGGGACUUCAUGGCCAAUAACCCUGAACACCUUGAGAUGCUGAAGAGAAUGGGAGUCAGCCUAAUCCAUCUGAAGGACGGCAGAGUCCAGCUAGUACAGCAUGCAAACCAGGCGGCCAGCCCACACGACGCUGAGGACGGCUUGCGCUUCAUGCAAGAGAUGAUUGAAUUGUCCAGUCAACAGCAGAAGGAACAGCUGCCACCUCGUGCUGUUCAGAUCGUCUCACACCCGUUCCUCGGCAGAGUGGUGCUUACAGCGGGACCAGCACAGUUUGGAUUGGAACUCUCGAAAGUGGCCAAUGGGGUGCGGGGAUUUGUUGCCAAGGUUGAACCCUACAAUGCCUGUUCCGAGGUAACAAACCCCGGAUCAGUGAAGGGCAAAAUCGCCCUAAUGCAGCGAGGCCAGUGCAUGUUUGCAGAAAAGGCACGGAAUGCGCAGAAAGCUGGGGCUAUUGGCGGCAUCGUGAUGGAUGACAACGAAGCAAGUAGCAGUGACACAGCACCGCUCUUCCAAAUGGCCGGCGAUGGAAGGAACACUGAAGACGUCACCAUUCCAAUGCUCUUCCUCUUCAAUAAAGAGGGAAACAUUAUCCUCGACGCCAUGCAGGAAUACCAGGAAGUGGAGGUCCUGCUGUCCGAUAAAGCUAAGGACAGAAAUUUGGACAUGGACGACUCGGAGCAGAAGUCAGAGGAAGAUGUUGAGUCCACAGGCCCCGAUCUGAGUAUUUCAGAGUGUCAAAAAGAAGUGGCUUCUCAUGACGAGCGUUCUUGUAACGUGAAACCAAGCGAGUAUGUUUUCAGCAGUCAAUCUAUUGUGCCUGACACUGAAACCCAGGCAAGCCCCAGGACCUCGAGUGGAACCGAUCAAAACCUCAUUGCUUCCCCUGACGGGUCUCCAGAAAGUGGGGAUGUCCAAAAUGAAGAUACUCGGAGGACAGAUUGCCAUGAGACCUCUGGAGAGAAUCAGGGAUUUUGUGGUCAGACUUCAGACCAGGCAAAGGAAGGGACAGAGGUGGAGCCGGAACAAGAAUCCAAUCCAAACAUCAGUCAGGAAACAGAAGCUCGGACAAUAGAUUCCCUGAUGUCGGACUGGAAAGAAGAGAUCGAUGCCUUUGAAAUGAUGGAUAAGGAUGAGCUAUGACCAUAAAUCGUACAGUUAUUUUCUGGGAUUAUUGUUCCACAGAGAUUCUGGGUGAAAUUGUACACAGUGACAUUCAGCUGACCAGUCUAAAGUGUGCGCUUGUUUGUAUUAACGCACAUCUGGGGAAAGGGAAUGACGUACCAGGGAAUGGUCACCCCUUUCUGCCUGGAUCACUGGUUGAUUUACCUGGAGGUGCCAAGUCAGGUUAAUGGCUGCAAUGGUCACAUUCCUGACGCUGUACUCUUUGGAUUUAGAUGAGUGAAAAAUCUCAAGGAGUUCAAGAAAUUCACUCUUUCUCCCCCAACAGCCAGCGAAAAUAAACCCACUGAAUAAUUUUUUUCCUUUCCCCAUCUCUUUUCCCUGCCUCUCCUAACCCACCACGUACACAAACUUCAUUCGCUGAAAACUAGCACAGCAUUCUAAUUUAGUAUAUAUUUCUUGAAAACCAGUAUGAAUUACUGGUUUACAGUAGAUUUUGUUCCAUUCCUGCGACUGCUAAUCAUAUCAGAGCAUGAGAUUGUUUUAAUUUUUUUCUUAAAAUCCAUCUUCCCCACAAUUACAGGAAUAUGAUUUUAGUCCAAGUUGAUUAUCUUGGCUCUUUCAUUACUUGCUUUUGUGAGGUGUUUGGAAUUAUUUUUGAUAAUAUUUCCUAUAGUAAAGGUGUUGCUGACAACACCUACCAGCACCAUCCCAGCAAACUGGGUACAGAUAGCGAUGUUAUUUUGUCAUAGUUUAAAAAUUUAGAACUUUUGACAAAAAUUACAAUUCGCACAACCUAAAAGUUGGCACCUUACUCAAUAUUUUACUCAUUUUGAGUCUUGUUCCUUGAUUCCAUUCUAGCAUUUCCAGAUUGUUUUAUAUAACGUCCAACAACAUAUGAUACGCAUACACCGCAGGCUUGAUGACCUGAAUGGCCUUCUGUCUUGAAAUUUGUAGGCAACAUUUUGUCUUUUUUGUCGGUCCCAAAGUUUCAGACUCUCAGGUACCUCCCUCAGUGUGAUUGGUUUUAAAUUGGAUCAAUUUACUGCCAUAACAUCCAAACCACAUCCAACUGUUGGACGGGUGUCAGUCUAUCUGACUUUUGGCCGCCAGAUGGCAGCAAUCCCACAAAUUGUAAAACAACAUCUCACAAAACAUACUCCAAAGAAAUGGUUAGUCUAAAAAUCGGUUUUGGAUGUUAGUCUUUAUGCCUAACACAGCAGCAGGGUAUUUCUCCAGAGAUUUGCAAUAGACCUAUUUGGGGAAAAUACUGUAUAAAGUUGCAUUGUAAAAGCUAGGACUUUUUGUACAUCUUGUUUGAAGUUCAACAGUACAAUGCAGUUUGGUCAGCUAUCACUUUAGAUAAUGGUUAAAGUAGUCUGAGAGAGAUUUGUGUUGCAUUGUUUCAAAAAAAUCUUUUUUUAUUUAAAAGGAGCCUGUUUUGAUGUUUCUUCGUGAAUCCGAUCAAAAGCUGGGCAGUUUGCAGGAACCUGUAAAUUCGUUCUUCCCACUUGGGAAAUGGGAAUCAUUCAGGUUGUUUUACUUUACAACAAAGUGACUUUGUUUUACAUAUUGGGGGGAAAAAAACUUUUGCUGAUGUGAAGAAUAUGCUACAAAAUCUUUUUUUUAAACCAUUUUCCAGGCAGGUUGGCUGCCACCUUGUUUAUUGGCUUUUAUUCCAGAUGAUAUUACAGCUCAUACAUUUGUCACGGCAUUGCACUUGCCACUCUUAACAAUUGUGGGAUCCUCUGCAGUGAACUAAACCAGUCUGUGGCACUAACGUAAUUCUUCCCUGCAAGCAAAUUUGUCGUUAUAGACUAGGGAUGGAAACAGCUGAUUGAUUGAUGGGUUUGGAUGCCUUGCUGGUUUCUCACUGGAAGAGUGUCCGGAUGCGUUCCUGCUCUCUGGGUAUUUCCAGAGAAUGGACAUCAGAUGUGCAAUUACUAGCAUGGAAAGCAUUUGUGGACCUGAGGUUUGUUUCUCCCAAUUAUUUCUCUGGAUUGAUUUCAAUGAUGCUGUACUAUGGCUUUUUGUCUCUUGAAGUUACAGUACACGCAUUGCUGAGUGUUGACCAAUGAGGACAUAGUGCAUUGAACAUGCUAGACUUUGGGCGUGGGUGAAAAUAUCAAUGGGCUCUCUGGGUGAAUGUACCUAGCAAAGGGAGAGUGGAAUUUAAUCAGCUGUCUGGUGCAGGAAUGGGGUACACUCCCCCAGGACCCGAUUGACCUGGGACUCGGAGCCAAGUUCAUAACCAAUCGGUUGCUCCCAAUUGGAUGAGCAUUGGGAAGCUUAGAAGCUCAGUGGUACCCUGAUACGUACUAAGAGAUCCCCUGCACUUUGGUCGAUCUGCAUCUGUGUUCUCUGGUCAUACACUUAUAAUAAUCCUUGCAUUUGAUAUAGCGCUUUUCACGUCUUCUA